GGGGGUUCCUCGGCAGGUGGAGCCCGGCACAGGCGGGUGGGCGGCCAAGCGAGGUGGCCGUGGCCGGGAAGGAGCCCGAGCGGAGCCGCCGCCCCGCGCUUCUGCUUUCCGGGAGCCCUGAAAGCCCUCAAGGCGUAGCUGACGGUGGUCUUCAGGCCCCCCUUCCCCUCCCUCUGGAGACCCUCUUGGGCUGCACAGUCUUGGCCCGGCUGCUUCUCUCUUCCCGGCACUUUUUCAAUGAAACCCUGGCCGACCCCUCGCAAUAAGCAGCACGGGGGCCGGAGGGGGGCUUCCCCUUCCCCGGAAUAGCGUGGCUGGGGCCUCGGGCCGCCUCCUUUUCUAGCCUCCCCCUCCUCUCCUCCCCCAGGUAGGCAGUUCACACAACCAGCGUGUCGGCCCCUCCCCCGCCAUAGUUCUCUCUCUCUCUCUCUCCUGGUAGCAGACAAUACUUGGGGAGCCACCUGGCUCCUUGCCAGCCCCUCCCUUGGGCCUGCUCUUCCGCCCUGCCUGGUGGGGCAAAGCUGAAGGUGCCUUGGUGUUGUGCCCUUCAUGCUGCUCUCAAGACUCUGACGUGGAGCACAUCUGGGCCUGGGCAUGUUCUCCUCAUAACCAGGUGAAAAAAUGCUCCAGUGAACCUGGAAUUGAUGCAAGUAGACUUGUGAUGCGUGUCUCUUUAACGGCCACAAUUGGGAUUGGCAAUUCCAUUGCUAAGCAAUGUGGUGGCUAAGCAAGACAUCACUUGACCACAACUUGUGAUUUUUCCAAUUCGGUGUCUUUGCAUGCCAGAAGCCUGUUGCCAGAUGGCGAUCGUGUGACCCUGGGAUGCUGUGUUGGUCAUAAAUGCAAGGACCGGUUGUCAAGUUCCAUCUUCUGUGAUGUCUCAACUUCAGAUGGUCACUUAACAGUCAACGUCACAGUGAGAACCACACGUUAUUUGGCAGUUGUGAUUCUCCGGGGUGCUGCAGCUCAGCUGGAUGGUGCAAGGCAUGGAACGUUUUGCCAGCUCCGGGACCCAGACGGAGGCAGUGGUGGUGCUGUCGCUGGCCCAAGCCGCUGUCCUGGGUCUGGUAUCCGAAAAUGAGUUCCUGGGAGGCACGGUCAAUCCAGACAGCAUUUUCUCCAGUUUGGCAGGAAAACUGGAUGACGACGCAGCAGCCGCUGAACUGAAAAAGCCCGAAGGCAGCAGCCCGGCUGGCCCGUCCCAGGGAGAGCCCCUUGAGGAAGAGGAGGGGCCCGAGGCAGAAGCCUCCUUUGGGAAACAGGCCCGGAGGAGGAAGCGGCCCCCUGUGCGCCUGGUGCCGAAGGUUAAGCACGAGAGGGGCGAGAUGGAGGAGGAGGAGGAGGAGGAGGAGGGGAGCCCCGAAGUGCCUGCCGGUGGCCCUGAAGAGCAGGGGGAGAGCGGCAACCUGGAGGAGCCGUGUUCUGAGCCAACCAGGCAGAGCGGCACCGGCAGGAUGGCAAGCCUCAGCCCCUUCAACAGGCGGUCUCAGCCCCCGCGAAGGCCCCCGCAGCAAGAGCACUCCUUGGCGCCUUAUGAGGAAAGGUUUCCCAGCCCACCCCAAGCUGGCCUGGACAGGGCAGAAGCCUUUCCCAGCGGCUGCAGUUUCCCGCCGGGCCUGCCGUCCCUGAGUGGCCUAGAGAACCAGCUGCCGGCCUCUCCCCCAGAGCAAGGCAAGAGUGGGGCGGGCUUUGCCUGGCAGGAGCCCCUGGACUUUGAGGCAGAGGUCCCUGGCGAGCACAGCAAGAAGGUGCACAUGGACCGCCUGGACAUCAAUGUCCAGAUUGACGACUCCUACCUGGUAGAGAAACGUUGGCAGUGCCGCCUGUGCGAGAAGUCCUAUACUUCCAAGUACAACCUGGUGACCCACAUCCUGGGGCACAACGGCAUCAAGCCGCACUCCUGCCCGCACUGCAGCAAGCUCUUCAAACAGCCCAGCCACCUGCAGACCCACCUGCUCACCCACCAGGGCACACGGCCCCACAAGUGCCAGGUGUGCCACAAGGCCUUCACCCAGACUAGCCACCUCAAGCGCCACAUGCUGCUGCACUCGGAUGUCAAGCCCUACAGCUGCCGCUUUUGUGGCCGUGGCUUCGCCUACCCCAGCGAGCUCAAGGCCCACGAGGGAAAGCACGAGAGCGGCCGCUGCCACGUGUGUGUGGAAUGUGGCCUGGACUUCUCCACUCUCACCCAGCUCAAGCGCCACCUGGCCACACACCAGGGGCCCACGCUGUACCCCUGUCCCGAGUGCAACAAGUCCUUCCAUUACCGCAGCCAGCUGCAGAACCACACCCUCAAGCACCAGAACGUGCGGCCCUUUGUCUGCACCGAGUGCGGCAUGGAGUUCAGCCAGAUCCACCACCUCAAGCAGCACUCACUCACCCACAAGGGCGUGAAGGAGUUCAAGUGCGAAGUGUGUGGGCGAGAGUUCACGCUGCAGGCCAACAUGAAGCGGCACAUGUUGAUCCACACCAGCGUGCGCCCCUAUCAGUGCCACAUCUGCUUCAAGACCUUUGUGCAGAAGCAGACCCUCAAGACCCACAUGAUCGUGCAUUCACCUGUCAAGCCCUUCAAGUGCAAGGUGUGUGGGAAGUCCUUCAAUCGCAUGUACAACCUCCUGGGCCACAUGCAUCUGCAUGCCGGCAGCAAGCCCUUCAAGUGCCCUUACUGCUCCAGCAAGUUCAACCUGAAGGGGAACCUCAGUCGGCACAUGAAAGUCAAGCAUGGCGUGAUGGACCUCAACCUGGACAGCCAAGACCCAAUGCUGGAGUUGGCAGGCACCAAUCCCUCAGAACUGGACGGGCAGCAGGAGAUGGACGACUACGAGGAAAACGCGUAUGACUACGGGGCAGUGGGGAACGCAAGCGGUGGGUCUGCCUUGGCAGAACAGACCAUGAAGGAGAUCGCCUACUAUAACAUGCUAUAGUUGGAAUGGGAAGGGCCUGGUGAAGGGGGGAGGAGGGGUUCCCCCCCCCCCCAAAGCAGGGCUUGGCCUGCACAGAACAGGAGAGCACAGGGAGGACCGUGCUGGACCUGCAGCUCUUGCUCCAUGACAGCCUCUGGGGCCCUCCCAGCCGCCUCUUGACCAGGUGUGGCUCUGCUGGAUGGUGAUCCGUAGCUGGGGCACCAGCCUUGCAGGACUCCACUUGCCUUACUCUACCUCCCACACCUGGCCAGGGCAACCCUGAAGACCCACUCUGACAGUCCUGGCUGAAGCAACUGGGGGACGGGGGGGCGUUCUUGGAGGCUAAGCAGAUCACCAUGCCUGCUUCUGGACCGGACCGCAAGUGCUCACCUCCCAGCCGUCUUGUAAUCUACCUCUGCCCUGAACUCUGAAAGAGCAGCCUGGGUCGGAAAGCCUCCCCUGAUGUGGUGGACUCCAAAGCGCCCCCCCAGAACAGUCAAGGCCCGCCCUGCACAGUCUGUGGCCGCCAUGUUCUACUCCUGGGGCGUUGCCCCUUUUGUGCAUAGAGCUACUGUGUUUAUUUUCCAGUUCUGAAGAAGUUCAGCAAUAAAUGAAUAUUGUUUGGCAGA